AUGGCGCAACAACAGAGAACGCCCAUCGAAAAGAUACGGGCAUACUCUAGGGAUGUAAACGAGCUACGCGAUGAUCCGAUGGAGCUCGACGCGUCCAACACCGAGGCGCGUCUGGCCCAAACAGUGAGAGAAUUGCAGACACGCGUCGAGGAACAACAGGCUGCAUUGGAAACAUCACACGUCAGUAUUGAGUCUGCAGCAUACGCGUCUUCAGAUCCACAUGAAAAGCUGCGACAGCUUAUUGCUGUCAAAGACGCGUAUAAACGUCUCACACCCGUUGCAUCCUUCCUUCCAGAGCAAGGCUCUGUGCUGCCUGCGUUGUUGGCUGCGCGCACCCUUCAGCAGAAUGUCCAAGGCACCAAGGCGGCUGUUGCCAGUACGCAGAGUAAGAUCGUCAAGACGAACGCAAUCCUGCGCCGUGAAGAAGCAAACCUGAAUGAUGCGCACCUUCUCGCGCAGACCAUGGAGAAGCGAACCGAGAGACUGCGUGCACAACAGGAAGAUCGUUCCCAGAAGACGUCUGCGCAACUCGCUCGCGAGCUGAUUGCAGCCAAACGUGCGCAGAAGGAUAGCUACGACGCAGCGACACAAACACUCGGAGAGGCCAUGAACGACUUCAUCAACGACUAUCUGGCGGCAAUGAUAGCAGCUGAAGAGUUAGGAGGUCCCGUCGUCGGUGAUAUGCUGAGCGUUGAGAAUGACACUCUUGCAGCAGGUUUCACAAAACAGGGUAGAGCGAAGUCAACGAAGAAGCCGGUAUCAGACAAGACUCGCCAGCGCAGAAUCGACCAUAUUUGGGGGAGCAAGGCCGCCGUUGAAGACGUGCAGGAGCCACCAACAGAGGCCGAAGCAGCCGACGCAGAGUUGCGGCAAUUGAUGGAGAAUCUCUUUGCAACUCUUAGCGGACCUGGAGGAGGGAAGGCAUACUAUCAGCUGGAUCGGGACUCGGCAGCAACACGAUUCCUGGUCCGAGCAAAGAUUGCGCAGUUCCACCUCAAGGAUGCUAAGAAACUGCGACUAAUCGAUUUCGGAAGGGAGCUGGACGAUUGA